AUGGGCUGUGAUUGCUGCAAUCACUCUAUGUGCUUCCGGCAGGUGAUGCUGGGAAGAUGCAGAAGCAAUAACAAGAACAGACUCCUCUUUGUUCGGUUGAUCUCUAGAAUACUUAAGCCUGAACGAGGCAGCUGGCAGACUUCAUUCAACCAGCUCAGGACCUCGGGGGACCAUGAUGUCAUAGAGAAGAGUAGCAUAGAGCAGAAAACUGUGCUAAUAACCCACAAGCUAAUAAACUCUCUCGCUCCCCCUUUUUUUAAGGUACAGCAGGGAAGAACUGGAAAUUCAGAGAAAGAAACAACACUUCCAUCUACAAAAGCUGAGUUUACUUCUCCUCCAUCUUUGUUCAAGACUGGACUCCCACCAAGCAGAAACAGCACCUCUUCCCAGUCUCAGACAAGUACUGCUUCCAGAAAAGCCAAUUCAAGCGUUGGGAAGUGGCAGGAUCGAUACGGGAGGGCUGAGUCACCUGAUCUGAGGAGAUUACCUGGAGCAAUCGAUGUUAUUGGUCAAACUAUAACUAUUAGCCGAGUAGAAGGAAGGCGACGAGCAAAUGAGAACAGCAAUAUACAGGUCCUCUCUGAAAGGUCUGCUACUGAAGUAGACAACAAUUUUAGCAAACCACCUCCAUUUUUCCCUCCAGGAGCUCCUCCUACCCACCUUCCACCACCUCCCUUCCUUCCUCCUCCUCCAACUGUCAGCACUGCUCCGCCUCUGAUCCCACCACCAGGUAUUCCAAUAACUGUACCACCUCCAGGUUUUCCUCCUCCACCAGGCGCUCCACCUCCAUCUCUUAUACCAACAAUAGAAAGUGGGCAUUCCUCUGGUUAUGAUAGUCGUUCUGCACGUGCAUUUCCAUAUGGCAACGGGAUAAUUAUAUCACCUAUGCUUCUCCGAGGAGAAAGAUCCUGUGGCAAAUAUGUAAAUUCAAAUUACCAUCUUAGUGUGAAAAGUAAUGCCACGCCUUCAUUCAGUUCAUACUCGUCUGUAACUUUACACCUCAAAUACACAAAGAUUCUCUAG